AUGGGUUUCUCGGGAUUGCAGUGGGACUGCUCUCAAGAAGGGUUGUCAGUCAACAUGACCAAGAGAGAGUUUAUGCGAAUUGCCGAGGGGGGCGAAGUAUACCCCACAACCUCGUCGGGUUUAUCGACUGGUGCCAUUGCCGGUAUCGCUGUUGGCGUCAUUGCGGCUAGUGCAGCAGUUAUCGGUAUCCUUGUCUGGCUUUGGCUACAGAGACGAAAGAAGAACGGUGAUAAGCUAGAGUCUAAUCCGCCCAGUUCACCGGAACCUGAGAACUCAUGGGCUACCGAGUUUAAGCCUGAAUGGACUGCCAACGCACCGGCAGAGUUGCCACCAACGAACUAUGCAGCAGCCGAGUUACCACCAGAGUCUGCACCGAUAUACGAGAUGGACGCGAUGCCGACGAAGCCUGUGGAGAUGCCAGGAUCGACGCCAGAACAUGUGAAGAAGGAAGAGAAUAAAGAGAAUAAGGAAAGCCAAUAG